CCUUGGCAUACCAGCACCAUUCAGUCCUCAGCAGCCCCCCUCACAGGACAGGAAGCCUACAUGAGCGAGAAAGCAGAAGCUGUCUGAGUUCAGAGAGAAAAAGUUGUCAGUGUCAGAAUCAGCAUGGCCGGGGGCUCGGUGUCUGAGUGCAAGGAGUACUUGUUCAAAGUGCUGGUCAUCGGGGAAUUAGGCGUGGGGAAGACCAGCAUCAUCAAACGCUACGUGCACCAGCUGUUCUCGCAGCACUACAGGGCGACGAUCGGAGUCGACUUUGCGUUAAAAGUUAUCAACUGGGACAGCAAGACACUUGUCAGGUUACAGCUGUGGGAUAUCGCAGGUCAGGAACGCUUUGGAAAUAUGACGCGAGUGUACUACAAAGAGGCCGUGGGGGCGUUCGUGGUGUUCGACGUGACACGAGGCUCCACGUUUGAGGCGGUUGCUAAGUGGAAGCAUGACCUGGACAGCAAGGUGAAGCUGGCUAACGGCAACCCGAUCCCCUCUGUGCUGCUCGCCAAUAAAUGCGACCAGAAGAAAGACAUCUCCAACAGCACGGCCCUAAUGGACAAUUUCUGCAGAGAGACUGGCUUUCUGGGCUGGUUUGAAACAUCAGCUAAGGAAAACAUCAACGUGGACGAGGCAGCGUGUUUCCUGGUAGAGAAUAUCUUGGCUAAUGACAAAGGAUUACCAUACGAGGAGAGCAAUGGAGACCGGAUCAAACUGGACCAGGAGACUGUGGCUGCUGAGAGCAAGUCAGGCUGCUGCUAACACUGGAGUCCGUUCACACAUCCGCCUCCCUUUGGCAGGAUCCAACCCGCUCACCCAGCCUGUGGCUCUCAGCCCUCUACUGCAAGUCUACUGGAAGUCUUUUGGGUCUUCAAAGCUCCAGGAUCUUCUCCUCUUUUGCAGUGACGCCCAUUUGACCAGCACAUCCAAGUUUCUUGUUGAAGCUUUCCCUGUAGGCCAGAAUAAAACCACUCUUUUAUCUUGAUGUUUUCUGCCACUUCCCUUGGCCUUUUCUCUCCUUGUCUCUCACUUCAUAAUCCUAAAAAUCUUUAUUAAUGUAUUUUAUUUUAAUCACAUCAUAUUUAUGUAUUAGCCUACUGCUAAGAUCCCCAACCCAGCCCUCCAUACUUGAACCCUGCCACUCUUCCUGUUGCCCUGACAACCUCUCAAGUCCUGGACUGUACCAUUCUUAAGAAGGGGUGUAAACUAAGUAGAAAAUUGUAAAACAAAAAGUAGAAAACUACCCGUGGCCUCGUUCAUUUGGUCAAUUCUUUUUCAGUAUCCUUUCAGUUACCUUUAUCUGUAAAACAAUACACAUUCUUCAGUUCAGUGUUUCUAAAAUAUGUCUUUACUUCAUAAAGAUAACUCCCCUUAAACAACACAUUUUGACAGCAAACAUAUGUUUGUGUCCCAGGUGUUCUCAAGACUACUGUGUAAAAAGUAAGCAAAUAAGUUAUGCAUUAUCAAAGUGUUAUUGUUUCUGUCUUUUUGCCAUGUUUUCUCUCAAAUGCUGUGCCGUCAUGCCAUAGUUAUUUUGUAAUGUUGAUAAGAGGGGACCACUUUUGUUGUUUUCUUGAACAUUAACAAGCACACUGAGAAAGACCACAGUAUUUCAGGAAGAAGCACUGUAUUCAUGAUAAAUGUGUGACACACUGAGAAAACGUUGUUGAAUUGUCAUUGCACCAGUAUGAAAAUGUAGAUCUUAUUUACAGAAUGUUUUUCUUUUUUUUUUUUUUUUAAAUAAUGUGUUGGGGCAUACAUUAUACAACCUGUGGGAUGUCAUGAAAACAGAAUCCUGAAGAGGACUAUACUCUCUUGUACAUAAGGAAGGUAACCUGUUUAAGUGUUAAGAUAUAAUAUGAUGGAUUUUUUAAAACAUUUACAUGUGAAAAUACUUACAAUUUACAAGACCAAAAUAGAAUAAACAUUUGAACAGAU